AUGUGUUUCGUUGUUCUGAUUCUGAUGAUCUCUGGGACCAUCGAGCUCCCUCCAUCGAUAUACUUUUAUUCUUUACCUUCAUUCAGCAUCUUCAAUAACGAUACUUCAAGCUGGGCUGAUAUUCAUCAUGAAGGUCAUGGCUUCACCGAUCUGCUUGGUGCCUUUAAGGAGUGGGAUUCUCAAGUGGGUUGUGAUGAGUUUAAGAAGAAACUGCAGAAUUAUACAGAUAAUGCUUCUUCUUCUUCUUCUUCUUCUUUCAAAGAAGAGAUUCAUGGGGUGUGUGAGGGUUUAAAGAUGAAGCAUGUGAAUGUUUUGGUGAAAGGGCCAACGUGGAUUCCUGAUAAUUUGGAUAACUUGUACUCUUGUCCGUGUGGUUUGAGCUGCUUGUGGACUAAAUCUCCUGUUCUUGCUGAUAAACCUGAUGCUCUCUUGUUUGAAAGCACUAAGCCUCCACUUCGGAGGAAGGUUGGAGAACCAGUAAGGGUAUAUAUGGAUCUGGAACCAGACAGAAAAAGAACAGGCCGUGAGGACAUAUUCAUCAGUUAUCAUGCUGAUGAUGAUAUCCAGACAACCUAUGCCGGUGCCUUCUUCCACAACAACCGAAACUACCACGUUUCCUCUCACAAGAACACUGGCCCAUUAGUGUACUGGUCAUCGUCCCACUGUGUAUCCAAAAGAAACAAGAUAGCUCAAAAGCUUCUCUCAAUGUUGCCUCACCAUUCCUUUGGCAAGUGCCUCAACAACGUUAAUGGCAGAAACAAGGCUCUCUCCUUCUACCCUCACUGUACCCAAUCUUCUUCCCCAAGAUGGUGGGACCACCUUCACUGUGCCAUGUCCCACUACAAGUUCGUCCUCGCCAUAGAAAACACCUGGACGCAAAGCUACGUCACAGAGAAGCUCUUCUACGCCUUGGAUUCCGCCGCCGUCCCCAUCUACUUCGGAGCUCCGAACGUCGACGACUUUGUGCCGCCACAUUCCGUCAUCGACGGCUCCACGUUCAGCAGCCUGGAAGAUUUGGCUUUGUACGUUAAGGCUUUGGCUAAUGAUUCAGUGGCUUAUGCAGAAUAUCAUGCUUGGAGAAGAUGUGGUGUGCUGGGCAAUUAUGGAAGAACCAGAGGACUUAGCCUCGACUCUUUGCCUUGUAGGCUGUGUGAACUUGUUAGCAGAAAAGGGGGAAGAAAUGCAGAGUCCAAUUCAUGA